AUGGCUACUGAACCCGUAGUAGAGGUUCCUUCGCAAGUAGCUGACAAUACAGCCAAACCAAAACUCCCAGCGAUUCCAAAAGGGGCCACUGUACGCCGCCGCCCGAUCCCAACGCGCACCCCCUCCACCCGCGCCGAAAAGCGCAUCUACAUCACAGCCAAAACACCCUUCCGAUCCGUGACAACGCGCGUGCGUAAACAACUCAAUAAGAAUCUUCGCGAGGCUUCAUCCUCCAACAAGGCUUUUACCAACCGAUUAGCUGGCAACAAGGGGGUCUCUCUCGACGAUCGGAUCCGCGCGAUUCAACGUAACGCCACUUCUUCCGCGAAAAAGAGCGGUGGCAUUGUCAGUGGUAGCGGCAGCGGCAGCGGCGAUGGCGUCGGGCUUGAGGAUGCAGGAACGGUCGUGAUCCUGGGGACAGGACGUGCGAUACCGAAAGUUGUUGAAGUUGCCCUGUUUUUCCAGAAACAGACCGACUGCAUUGUGCAGUUGAAGACUGCGAGUGUCGGGGCUAUAGACGAUGUUAUACAGGAAGGGGAGGAAGAGUGGGGUGGCGAGGGUGAAGAGAGGGUAAGGAUGAUGAGUUCUCUCGAGGCGUCAAUUCGCCUCAGAUGA